CCUUUUACUUUGGAGUCACUAGAGCUGCGCCUCCGACUGAGGUGUUCGAGCGGCUGGAUCUUCCCGCCAUUUGAACUUCCCGCCUGGGAGGAUUGCGAGUUUCGUCGUCGUGGCUGUAAGAAAGGGCCCCGGUUCGGGUCGGCUGUCUUUUCCGAAGGGGUCAGCCUAGCGAAGCCAAGGGCUGUGUUUUCCGAGUCUUCCCGCCGCCGCCGCCGCCAUGUCGGCGGGCUUCUCUUUCGGAGCGGCGACGUUGCCUUCGGCCACCGCUGCGGCUGCCGGGACUGGAGGGGGUGGCGGCGGCGGGGGCUUCUCCUUCGGGGCCACUCCGAGCUCAACUGGAGGGCUUAACUUUGGGACACUGGGCUCCACAGCUACUGCAACCACAACUACUCCUUCUGUAGGCUUUGGAACUGGACUUUUUGGCUCAAAACCUACCACUGGCUUCACACUAGGAGGGACUAAUACGGGAACAGCUACAAGUAUAGGAUUACUUGGAACACCUGCAACUACAUCUGCCUCUACCACAGGCCUUAGUUUAGCAUUCAACAAGCCUGCAGGAUCAGCCACACCAUUUGCUUUGCCAAUAACUUCCACAUCUUCUGGACUCUCUCUUUCUUCUGCCCUCACAUCAACUCCAGCAGCAGGAUCUACUGGAUUUACAUUAAACUUGGGAGGCACAGUUGCGCCAACCACAAGUGUAUCCACAGGACUUUCUCUGGGAGGAGCUUUGGCUGGCUUAGGAGGGACACUGUUUCCAAAUGCAAGCACAUCUGCAACAGGGCUUGGGCAGAAUGCUUUUGGUUUAGCUCUUGGGACAACUGCAGCACCUGCUGCUACAAUCAGUGAAGGCCUUGGAGGCAUAGACUUCAGUAGUUCUGCAGAUAAAAAAAAUGAUAAAACAGGAACAAGACCAGAGGAUAGUAAAGCACUAAAAGAUGAAAACCUACCUCCAGUUAUCUGCCAAGAUGUAGAAAACCUCCAGAAGUUUGUAAAAGAACAAAAACAGGUUCAAGAGGAAAUCAGUCGAAUGUCUUCCAAAGCAAUGCUUAAGGUGCAGGAAGAUAUCAAAGCUUUGAAGCAACUUUUAUCAGUGGUUGCCAGUGGAUUGCAAAGAAACACUCUUAACAUUGAUAAACUGAAAGUGGAAACUGCUCAGGAACUUAAAAAUGCUGAAAUCGCAUUAAGAACACAGAAAACUCCUCCUGGCCUUCAGCAUGAAAAUACAGCACCUGCAGACUACUUCAGAGCCUUGAUAGAACAGUUUGAAGUACAACUGCAGCAGUACAGACAACAGAUUGAAGAACUAGAAAAUCAUCUUGCUACGCAGGCAAACAAUUCACAUAUAACUCCACAAGAUCUGUCCAUGGCUAUGCAGAAAAUUUACCAAACAUUUGUAGCUCUUGCUGCACAGCUUCAAUCAAUACAUGAAAAUGUGAAGAUGCUCAAAGACCAAUAUCUUGGUUAUAGAAAAACCUUUCUGGGGGAUGCCAUGGAUAUAUUUGAGGCUAGACGAAUAGAAGCGAAGAAGUGGCAGACUGCUCCACGGGUUACAACUGGACCUACACCUUUCAGCAACAUACCAAAUGCAGCAGCCGUUGCCAUGGCUGCAACACUUACACAGCAGCAACAGCCUGCUACAGGGCCACAGCCGACUCUGGGAAUUAGUUUUGGAACGCCAUUCGGUUCAGGUAUUGGCACUGGCUUGCAAUCAAGUGGCUUAGGCUCUUCAGGCCUUGGAGGAUUUGGAAGUAGCUCUGCUUUUGGAAGCACUGCCACAGGUGCACCAUCGUUUGGAUUUGGAGCUACAAAUAAGCCUUCAGGAAGCCUUAGUGCAGGCUUCGGCAGUUCGAGUACUUCUGGGUUUAACUUCAGCAACCCUGGCAUCACAGCAUCUGCUGGCCUGACAUUUGGGGUGUCCAAUCCGGCAUCUGCAGGCUUUGGCACAGGAGGACAACUUCUCCAGCUGAAGAAACCUCCCGCUGGAAACAAAAGGGGGAAAAGAUAAAAUAUGAACGAGGCAGCCGGCUGGGUGGAGGAAAGUUAGGGUCGGAGAAAAAUGAUGCAUCCAGUUAGCUGGUCCUGAAAUAAUCUAUUUUUUUAAGCGGAUUCUCUGUGUCCUUGAAGGUUUAUAACAUUUUGCUACUCCUUUGCAUUCUGGUUUAUGAAGUGUAAUUGUAACAAACAGCUAUUUUUUUGCAAAUAAGGUUCACAUAAGAACUUUUUUUUGUCUUUUAGAUAUGUAUUUCAUUAUUAAGGACUCUGUAAAUCCAUUUAUUUAACAUAAUGUUAGCAACAGGAUAUUUUUGUCAACAUGCUAAAAACCUUAUAGAGAGAUGCAUAUUUGGUUUCUUUGUACAAAUAAAGUAUAUUCUAGUACAAAUGAUUGAAUUCAUAUCUUCUGUUUCUUGAUAUGACCUCUUUAAAACUUAGGAUCAUUUUGUGUAUAUGUAUGUAAAUAUAUACAGUACAAAUGCACACUUGUGUACAUAUAAUACAUUGCAAAAUUAGUCUCAUAAGACAGAAUGUUUUCCCAUUUACAUUUGGUUAACCCCUUCAACAUAAUGUUAACAUAGCAAAGACCAAUUGCGACAUUUACUAAUACCCAUAGGACACUUGUUUGGUAUGUACUUUUCAAUUUCUGUUUCCCUUUCAAUGCUGUAAAUGAAAUGGGUGUUCAUAAACAUUAUUUUAAGAUUCAUUUGAUUCAGAAUUGUCACUAUAUCUUUAGGUUACAGGGCUUCAGAAGGAUUUUUGAGAGGUGCUAGAUGAUUCUGAAGUAAACUGUCUGGGUAAACUGUUCCCACAAAUAAUCAGCUCAGGCAAUCUGUGCAACUUAAUACUGUAGUUCUUGGGGAUGAUACAGUUCCACAGUAGAGCAUGCUACAAUGCAGAAAUAGGUGCUUAUUUUUUUUAUCGGCACCAUUCCCCCACAUUCUGCUGUUCACAUGAGCAAGCUAGUAUACAUUUGCAUAAGGCAGGACUAUUUGGGAGAAGUUUCACUUCUCCCAUGGAAGAGAAACUGAGAUAUUCUGGCCUUCACCAGACCAUUUUAAAUGAAUAGAUAGCAUCUCUCUUUCUUGAGUUGAUGCUUAUCUAUCUUCAGGCAUAGUAAUUUAGCUGUGUGCUUGAGAACACAACUAUUCCACAUAAGAAUAGUAUGGAUCUCAUGUUAGGGUUCAGACUGCAGUAUCUUUGCUUGUUGAUUUGUACAGUAUUUCUGACUCACUGGCUGUUUAAAAACAAUAGCAACAGGAACAUUUAUUGCCUUAAAUGAGGAGCUAUAGUCAUAAUCCUUGAAUGUCUUUGCCAGGCCAGAUCCCAUUCAUUUCAGCAGGGCUUGAACCAAGCCACCUCUUCAUAAGUUAGCCUUUCUGACCAUUGCUGUGUGUGUAUGUUUGCAUUUAUGUCUACGUACAAAUAAUUUUGGUGAAGUCUAGCUUUUUUUUUUUACACUAUAUUUUGUAUAUAACUCAAGUUAAUUUUCAUCUACACACUUUCAGAUAAAAAACAGUACGCACAUAAUUUUUGAUUUUGAAGUUGGCUGCUUUCAGUUGUUGAGUUCUAUUUUUGUAAGUUACGGCUGUUUUGUCAAAUGCUAAAAAGUUAUCUGGCAGAUAAGUGAGUCUUGAAUGUGACAGGUUCAAAAGUAAGGGAAAUAGUGCAGUUUUUUUUCACCUUUGUACACAUGUAUUAAUGGCAUCUGAAGUAUAAGCACUUUUUUUAAAAGAAGCUUUUAAACUUGUCAGGAAUAAGGGAAGCUUAAAACAUUUUCUGACCACAGGUUUUUUAAAAUUUCUGUUGGGCUUCAGUUAACAAAUCUGAUAUAUGUAUGUUAUUGCUUUUUAGAGGAUUGAAAUGUUGAACCACUAAAUUUCCUUGGUGUACAUAGUCUGAGCCUAUUUUUUAAAACUGUGUUGCUGUCUUUGUCCUUAUGUGCAGCAUUUGUUCUUCCAAUAAUAAAAUUGUUUGAAGUGAGUCA